AUGGACCGUCCUCCCUCAUAUACCACCGUCGAGGUCUCAAUAGGAACUCCGGUAUACCAACCCCCCACCAAGUUCCAAAUCGGCGUUCAUGAGGUCCACUCGCCGCUGAUAGAAAUCGAAGACCUCAAGCUACAUCUCUCCCUUCUGCGUGCGUUCGCGGAGCUCCGAGUGCAAGUCGAAGACCAGGACAGUGUCGCCGCUGCCCGCUUUCCGAAAGAGGUCAAGCGGGUUGGUCCUGAGCGACGUUGGACUUGGUUUGUGCAUCUAGCAGUCGAAAGAUUCGAGAGAUGGACUCAGUCCCUCUCGCACACUCCGACCCAGUGCGCGGACUUUCCAUGGACUCUGGAUGUUGCGCCGCCGCUCGAUGUAUGGCUUGUUUGGCACGCGUACCUUCUGAAUCCUCGAUGCUAUGCCGAAGAUAUACGACGCGUUCCCUCUCUCAGGCACCUUGGUGUCUUGCACAAUCAACCUGUCAAUACCUUUCUCUCUGCACUUAAACGCCUCGGCGAUCCCACUGCUUUGACGAAUGGCGCAUCCCAGGAACGUCGUGACCUCUGGCAGCAACAUACUGGCCUGCCCUUUGAUCCUAUAGAAUGCGCGUCAGUCCUCAGAUCACAGAAGCUCAUAUGCCCAAACUGCGGAUACGCCAACGAAGCUCCAUACAUCACCUCUUCUGGAUCUGGCUUUGCUCAGCAGAAGUUCUCAGUCCGAUGCAAGGAAGAUGGCUUCAAGAUCACUCACAAGUCCCUCGCUGUCGCGCGCUUUAGUCGGGAUCUUGCCAGCGAUCAUACGGGGGCAGAGGGACUAGAAGAUCCUACACCCUUUCUUGCCAACUCUUUACGUACACCCCAGAAGGACUGUGACUUCCCGCGGGCCAAGACCACCAAGUACGCCUUCAUUGGUGCCAUGCCGACUGUCUCAGAGUUGAUAUAUCAGGCCGGCUCGGGUGGCGCCGGCUUCGGCGUAUCUCAAGCGAUAGGACGCGAGCUUGGGUGGAAUUGGUCAGACUUACAAGGGACCAGAGCGUACAAGAACCGACGCCCGAUAAUGGCUCGGGUUCUUGCAGCUUACAACGACCAACGACCCUUCUCGGUCGAACUCGUCGGUGCUGUACUCCGCCAAGGAUCUUUCGUGGCGAAGAUGUGUGACUUGGGGUGGACUGCGCCCGGGUCCUUUAACAAUCCGGAGGAUGAGCGCGCGCUACAUCAUGCCUCAGCACGCUAUCAUGCCUUUCUGGAUUUGAUGGCUUCUUCUCCCGAUGCACUCUUCGUGCCGACGCUCGACAUCGACCUUGCUUGGCACACACACCAGCUCUCCGCGACAACGUAUAACUCGGAUUGUCUGCGGCUCAUCGGCAGGUUCGUUGAUCACGACGACAAGGUCGAGGAAGUUCACCUCGCCGAUGCGUUCGACGUGACAUGCCGCGCGUGGAGGGCCAGGUUCGGGUUAGCAUACAUGUAUUGUGGCUGUCCACUUCCGGGCACAACCGUUGGACAGCGACUUUCCCGCCUCAUCAGACGCGGCAAUCACAACUCCUCGACUGCGGCUCUUCGUCCGCCCACGCCAGCCGCGACACAUCCAUCAGACCACAAUAGCAUAUACGUGCCAGGAGCAACGACCGAUACCGCCCUAAAGGAACAUGCUGCGAAGCAUGCCAAAUGUCGAGAACGAGAUCUGAAAUUGGCGCGAAAGGGGAAAAUGGCUCGCGAAGACUACGACCGCAGAGUGGCGCACGCAGCCGCGUUCCUAUAUCCGGUACCUGUAUGGUAUACUACAGCUGGAUGCGCCGUGGGUUCCGGAGGCGUUGGGACAUUCGGUCAUGCCGGAUGUGCUGUAGGAAGCGGGGCUACUUGCUCUGGUGGAGGUUCUUCGUGCGGCGCGGGCGGUAGUUGUGCUGGUGGCUCUGGUAGUUGCGGCGGCGGCGGCGCAGCAUGUAGUGGCGGCGGAGGUUGCAGUGGGGGUGGUGGCGGUUGCGGUGGUGGUGGCGGCGGCUGUGGAGGUGGUGGUGGGAGCGGAGGGUCUUGA